UUAUAUUUUUAUAACUUUGUUAUAGCGUUAGGCUCCAGUAUUUUGCAUUUUUAUUUUGGAAAAAAUGCCUAUAACAUUGUACCAUUGGGCUGCAAGUGCUCCAUCAAGAUGUGCAUAUUUAACAUUGAAAACGUUGGGAUUAGAAUUUGAAGUAGUAUUGGUAAAUUUACAGGAAGGAGAACAAUUAAAUCCAGAUUUUAUGAAGUUGAAUCCACAACAUAUAGUACCAACACUAGAGGAUAAUGGGUUCUAUUUAUGGGAGAGUCGUGCAAUAGCUUCAUAUCUAGUUGACAGAUAUGCACAGGUUGAUACUUUAUAUCCCAAAAAUUUAGAAAAACGUGCCAUUGUCAAUCAAAGAUUAUAUUUUGAUGCGACUACAUUAUAUCCAGCUGUUCGUAAUGUUUGUAGACCAAUUAUAUAUGAUAAAGAAAGAACUAUACCAGCUGAGAAAAAGGAAACAUUACAAAAUGGGUUAAAAUAUUUAGAUUACUACUUAGAACACGAUGAUUUUACUUGUGGUAAAGCAUUAACCAUUGCUGAUAUUUCACUUUUUGCAACAGCUACAUCUGUUCAGGCAAUUGGGUGGGAUCUUACACGGUUUAAAAAUAUUGAAAAGUGGAUACGAAGAUGCACAAACCAUAUUGAAGGCGUUAAUGAAAAUGUAAAAGGAUGUAAAGAGUUUGCGGCUCUCGUGCAUAAGCACUUAGAACCGAAUCAAUUAUAAAUAUAUUGGAAAUAAAAUUAUUUUAUAAAUGUU